GGGCGGGAAGGAAGGACGGAGGGUAGUGAGGAGUAGAAGGGGCAGACGGGCUUCUGCUCCGCUUUCUCGGUUGUGUUUGACAAAGUCAGAAUCCAGCUGUUGGGGUCAUUUCAGUUCUCUCUGCAUCACAACAGAUAAUUUCCUGUCUCUGCACCUCAGAAGGACGUGCAUGUGUAGGUGCCCAACUGCAGGAAGGUCAGAAUGCCCAAUCUGGAGCACCCAGCAUACCCAGCAGCUGACCUGCUCCACUUGGAGGGUCUGGUGCCCUGCCGGGAGUCCCAGGUGUCCACGCUGCUGUCCCUGUUUGGCGAGCGUCAGCAGUUUAGUUUUCCAUCCAUCUUUAUCUAUGGACACACAUCUAGUGGAAAAACUUAUGUGAUGAAAACUCUUCUAACUACCUUACAGCUUCCUCAUGUGUUUGUGAACUGUGUGGAAUACUUUACAUCACGACUUCUGCUAGAAGAAAUUCUCAGCCAGCUGCAGAGCUGUCCCUCUGGCACAGAGCAGAGCUCUCCUGUGCGUUGUGACACUUUGAAUGACUUUGUUCGUCUCUUUAAACAAGCUCUGGCCAGUCAGGAGCUUCAAGAUCAAACAUUUUACAUUGUUCUGGAUAGAGCAGAACAGCUGAGGGAAAUGGAAGCAAACAUCCUGCCAGCAUUUCUUAGGCUUCAAGAGUUGACUGACAGAAAUGUGACAGUCAUUCUGCUCAGUGAAAUAGUGUGGGAACUGUUCCGUCCAAACAUGGGCUGCUUUGAGCCAUUCACCAUGUAUUUUCCAGACUACAGCAUAGGACAUCUGCAGAAGAUCUUGUCUCAGAAUCAUCCCCCAGAAUAUUCUGCAGAUUUCUAUGCUGCAUAUAUCAAUAUUUUGCUUGGUGUCUUCUACAUGGUCUGUAGGGACCUGAAGGAACUUCGGCAUCUGGCAGCGCUCAAUUUUGCCAAAUACUGUGAGCCAGUGGUCAGAGGGGAAGCAAAUGAACGCGACACCCGCAAACUCUGGAAGAACAUUGAACCUCAUCUGAAGAAGGCAAUGCAGACUGUUUAUCUCCGGGAAAUAUCCAGCUCACAGUGGGAGCGUUUGCAGCAUGAUGGUGGAGAGCCUGGGCAACUGAAAGGACUUUCUGCACAUACCCAUGUGGAACUGCCUUAUUACUCCAAAUUUCUUCUAAUAGCUGCUUACCUUGCUUCCUACAAUCCUGUUAGGACAGAUAAGAGAUUCUUUCUUAAGCAUCAUGGGAAAAUUAGAAAGACCAACUUCAUGAAGAAGCAUGAGAAGACCAGCAAUCACCUACUUGGGCCAAAGCCAUUUCCCCUGGACAGAUUGUUAGCAAUAUUAUAUAGUAUUGUGGACAACAGAGUUGCUCCAACUGCAAAUAUAUUUUCCCAGAUCACCUCUCUUGUGACCCUGCAGCUGUUAUCCAUGGUUGGCCAGAAUGACCAGCUCGAUGGACCACGAUACAAGUGCACUGUGUCUCUGGACUUCAUCAGAGCUAUUGCCCGGACCGUGAACUUCGACAUAAUAAAGUACUUGUACGAUUUCUUGUGAAAACAAGCUUCACAGCCAUAUGGACACUGUGACAAUGACUAAGGCAAGCCGUGUUCAUCUCUCUACUUAGCUGGCCAAAAAGAAGAGUAUUUUGGCUCUUUUGGAUUUGUCCAAACAGGUGCUGGCCCAGCAUGGAACCUGAUGAAAAUACUCUGAUUGGUCUGGGUGGAUCUGAGCAGAGGACUAUUUACCAGGGACCCUGGAGUAUUUGGAAGCAAUGUGUUAAUUAUAAACAGCAGGGUUUGAGCACAAUCUGUUCUAGUCUUAAUGAUGUUAUCUUAACACUGAAAUUGCCUGAAACCCAUUUACUUAGGACUGCAUUUUGCUCUAUGAACUCUCCCCAGUGCUUUGAACAUGGCAGCAGCCGUUGUUUGUAUGCCCAGUCUUUUCACUUCCUCUCCACAGGAAUCUUUGCAAUUGCCUGCCAAAGCAGCUUUUCCUGAGGCCACCAUUUUAGGAGAGUGGAGUAGCAAAGUAUAAUAAACAUAAGAACAUAUUUAAAAAUCAAGCUGGUACAAAUUCUUCUUUCUCUUCAGCAGUAUGUAGGCAGACUGUUACCCUGUCAUAUGGAGAUCACGAUGGUAGGAAACUCCCAGUUAGUCACCAUAUUGUCUUUUUCAGACCAUUCAUAAAUGUUGACAAUGAAUGUACUUUUAUGAAGCUCUGUUUAAAAAAAAUAAUUGAUUUUUAAACUUCUAUCCCUAUGUCAAACUUGAAAUGUUUUAUUUUUGCUUCAAAAUUCUAUAGUCCUUUCAUGCUCAUCCAGUUACAGGAAGUGUUAAUUAUAGUGCCAUGUGGAAUGAACCUACUUUUAACAUACACACCACAUAAUGGCUUUUGUAACAGCCUCUGUCCUGUAGAGGAGGAUGGCACGGCUGCCUUUUCAUCAGGAAGGGAGAAAUUCAACAGGUGACAGAGUCUUUCUGCAGCAUUUCCCCAAAAGUGGUGGAAUAGUGAAUAGCUAAAGUUUUAUGUUACAAUACAUGAUGGAAUACACUACAAUUGCAGCUUACUUGUAGAAGGUACACAAUUUAUGGAGUAUGAAAAUCCCCUAGUCCAAUUGGAGGUCCAGUUGUCUUCAUGAAUCUGAAGAUUUCAGUAGUCCUCUUGAAAAUUCCAGAUCCCACAACCUGUUACUCUGAUGUUUUACUUCGAGCGAGUAAAACUCACAAAGUUGAGUGCUCACCUUUGACAGUUUGACAUGACCAUGCCAGGUUCUAAUUUGAACAUUAUGGGCUUUUUUCAGGGAAAAGUCAUCAGUCUUCCCCCCUUGCUCCUGUAUUAGAAAUGGUCAAAUACUCUGAACAUAUAUGUAGUCUUUAUUGUUUCUUUUUUUCUUCUUUCUUUCUUAGUUUUUGUUUUCUUUUUUGCUGUUUCCUUUUUUUCCCCAAUUGUGGAUGCAUAGCCAUGCUUCUGGAUUGAGACCCAAGUGACAAAAGCAUCAUUCUGGCCAAGCUCUGGCUUCCUCCCUCAGGGGAGUGUGAAAGGGCAGCAAUGACUCAUCUCCGUGAUCUGUUUCCCUUCCUACCGCUGAGCUGGAUCCAACCCUGCACCUGCCCGUGAGGUGGCAACAUUUGUCACACUUACUGAAGUGCUUGGAUGGGAAUGCAUAGCCUGUUUCAAAAAUGUUUACUGCCUGCUUUUGUUUUUGUUUAUAAAAAUGUCCAUAAUGUGAACUUUGGGCUCUACAGUGCCUUUCUAUCUUAGAGCUGGUGCUGGGCUGAGCUCAGCUCUUGUGGAUCUCCUGUAUGACUGCCUAGGGCUGCAGUUUGUAGUGGAAAGAAGUUUUGAGGUACUCAUUUGUCAGCUAGUCCAUGUAAAACAGUAGCAAUAGAUCAUAGGGAUUUGUAGUUUAUGAUCUGGAUUAGAAUUUGAUAUAUGAAACAUGAUGGGACAGAUACUGAUUUGUUAAGUGCUACAAAACUUGAGUCACAAAAUUUCAUUUUCAGUAAUCCCAGUCAUUCCCACUAAAUAGACCAGACCCUCAAAACUCUUCAGCUCCAAAUUUGAAGCACAAAUUAGACCUAAAAUAAAGGUCUUAGAAAUUAAGCAGUGAGAAAUCUUGGUGCUGCUGAUAUUUUUUCAGUCUAAUUUCUUCUAUAUAUUAGUCUUAUGGGUAUUGGUGAUUAUUUCCAGUGUAAAUCCAAAGGAUAAGGAUACUAAUUUUUGUGGAAUGUAGUUAAUUUGACUGAAAUGAGGUUAACUAGAGAAGGAGUAGUAACUGAGGAUUCAUUAGACAGAACCACUUUCCUUACUUUGAAGGCACUUUUUUGACUUUUGUGAAAGACUCCUAUCAGUGAAAUAAAAUUUAAAGCUGAAUCAGCAGAGUAUGAGAAUGAACAAGGUGACUGAAGUGCAAAUGAUUGAUGUAGGCUAUAACUAGGCUGAUGAUGAAUAGUAGGAUUUAUUCUGACAAACUAGAAAUAUUUCUAUAUAGCCAUGUCAAUGAGUUUAUAAAUUACUGCUGAGUUUCUUACUAGAUACCUUAGCAAUAUUCUGUUCUGAGACCACAUUUUCAUGCAUGAGGCCUCUUUUAGCCUCCUCUGGGCCAGGAUUUCACCUCUUCUACAGGUGGUUUUGAUUGAGAACUGUGCAAACAAUGUAGAGCAAGAUAGGUACUGGAGGUUUUCUGAUUAGUUAAACUUAGUGCUGCAGUAUGUAUUUUAAAAUAGCAAAUUAUUUUUGUAAUUCCUGAGUCACAAAGCAUUAGAAUACUGAAAAAAUUUACAGACUUAGUGCUUUUCUCCAGUGGCUGAUCCAAAUAUUAACAGGAGGUGGGACUUGUUCUUACAAGGAUAAAGUAAUGGAAAAAGAAAUGCAGCUGUCAUCACUUGUGGAGAGAUUAGUACCCUUGAAUAGCUCUGGCUUCAUCAACAGCUGCAUUUUCAUGCACAUAACAUGGAGAUUUUAUUUGUUAAGAAGGCUUGCAAGGCUGCAUCAACAUGUAAUGAGUUGAUUCAUUUAUUUUGGACAGUGAUUUGCCUUACUUGGGUUAUCCCAGAACCUGCUGUUUCUACUGUAACAAUUCCUGUAGCUAUUGACCCUUUUGGGGUGAGAUAAAGAAGUACAUUGUUUAUUUCAGUACCUUCUGAGUUCUGAUGCUUCUAUACACCAUGUAAAACCAUAUUCAUUCUUGCCAUUGGUGAAAUUUUUUCCAAUAUCCACCAAAUACCAUUUUGACAAGGCCCAUCAGGCACUAUGUUUUCUUCUCAUAACUGGAACAGCCAGCCAUGCCAGGAGAAUAGUGUGCAGGACAGGAUUUCCAGCAGGAAUAUAAGAGAUAUUACAUGUUUGUGACCUCUGGGCACCAUGUACCCAGUUAAGUAUCUCAGGAUUAGGUAUUCCCUCUGCACUUGUACUGGCAGAGAUGGCAGGGAAGAGUAAGAAAUGGCAGGUUCUCGAGGGCUGCCUGGAGGUUGGUGUGUUCUGCUCAGUCCAGAAAUUUGAGGAACAGAAGAUGUACUCCAUCCAGAAGUAAAUGCUACCAGAGGUGAAUAACUUCUCCUGUUUUCUCAAUGACAGAAUGGCAUAACUUACAAAAGAGCUUCAUCAUUGCUGGUAAAUAUGCAUUGGGAUAAAGAUACAGCUUGAUUAGCAAGUCUAAUCAUAGACAAUACAAAAUUUUUAUGUGUUUGUAGAUAUUGGAAUGGCUCCACUAGAAAAUUGAAUGGGAGAUUAAUAGCAAAACCGUGUGUUUUUUAUCUCAGCCUCAUUUGAGAUCUUUUGCUGUGAAUAGGCUGAUUCAAAUGAACUGUACAAUACUCAGAUAAGGGUAACUUUUUGAUUUUUAUUUUUGUGUAUGUUUAUUAAAAACAUUUAAAGAAAAAAUCUGAAAACAAUACAGGAACUGUUUGUGUAUGCCAGCAGAGUUGAAACUGCAGAAGUAUAAUCCUUAUAAUGACCAUAUUCAUGUUUUCAUGAAAACUUAUGUCUUUAAAAAGCCACAGCUCAAUGGCAGAUGCAAAACAAAAACCAGAAAAAUACCAUACUGCUUGUUAUUGGACAUGAGCAGUAUAUCUGCCAUGUAUUUGAAUAACCAAGUAUCCACCCAGAUGUCUGAUCUCAAGGAGCUCAGAAGGAUGAUAUGAAAGUAGGACCAACACUGGGCAGUCAUGCAGCCUGUGGAUGGAGGUGUUUCCAUGCUGUUGAACAAGUGAAUGUCCGACUGUAAGCAGGGAGUCUUGGAGUGGGAACAUGAUGUCCAAAGUACCACCAGUAGAUUUAAUAUUUGAAGUGUUGAAGUGUGUUGUACUUAGUACUUAGAGCCCCUUCUCCUCUGCAAGUGACCAAUACCCCAUUUUUCCAAAGCAGGACAAAUAUCCCUAACUCUUCUUUCAUUUAGUUCAGACUACAUUUGCUAAGAAGUCAUUUCCACUGAUGUGUUGCUGUUGCCAAAAAGGAUUUGCUAUACAGCUCUUCCAAAGGAGUUACUACCAACAGGCAGCAAAGUACUAAAAGAAAAUACCCUCCUGUUUGGGUAGGCAGCUGGGCAACUCCAGGACAGAAACAGGCUGGGCUUUCCUCUGAGAUAAAGGUGUGGAUGAACUUGCCUUUUUGACAGCUUUGAUGUUUUGAAGUAUCCAGAACUCUACCAGACUUGCGUAUUCCUCUCUGUUUCUUCCUGUACCCUCCCACUGCAAUUCUGUGGUUUUGGAAUGGUUCUUGCAGAGAUCUGCACCAGAAGCACAGCGAGCUCCUGGGCUUGACAUCCCACAGGGGAUGCUGCUGUGAGCUGUCUGUCACCCUGUGGUACAGGUGUGCAUUGUUCAACUAACCUGUUGCCACAUACGGUCUUUUGUCCUGCCAGGACCUGUUUGGGUAUUUGGAGAGGAUUUGGAUUUGGCUUCAGCAAGGUCCUUUUCCAAAACCUGGUGCACUAUGUUGAACCAUUAAUGCUGUACUGGUGUUCAUGUUUCAUAUUUGUUCAGUUUUGAUUAAAUACUGAUGAAAAGCCCA